AAAGCGCAGACGACAGACAUGUGUAGUGUGCCGGCGGCUGCCAUAGCCGCAGCGACAUGCAUUUUUUUUGCAUUUUAUAGUGACACAGACGGACCUGCAGUCGGAAGGGAGCAGGGACUCGAGCUUUUCGGUUCGCUUUGUGCGGAAUAUAAGGAAAUCAAAGUGCUGACUGCGUGCAACGAGGAUUACGCUGGAGGAGUUUUAUGAAACUUGAGGUGGUGGGUGAUGCUGCCGAGCCCUUGAUGACCUGCAGCCUCAUGACGCGCACCCUGAUUAUCUGCUUCCUGCUGCUGUUCGCCCUGCCUGGCAACCACGUCGGUGUUGCCUUCCAGCCCGAGUUUGCCGAGCCCAUCCUCAACUUGACGGUGCCCCUCGGCAGGGACGCGACGUUCACAUGCGUCGUCCGCCACCUCGGAGGGUAUCGGGUGGGCUGGGUGAAGGCGGACACGAAGGCCAUCCAGGCCAUCCACGACCACGUCAUCACGCACAACCCGCGAGUGGCCGUGUCGCACAACGACUACAGCACCUGGAACCUCCACAUCAGAGGUGUCCAGGAGGAGGACCGCGGCAGCUACAUGUGCCAGAUCAACACUGACCCCAUGCAGAGCCAGAUGGGCCACUUGGAUGUAGUCGUCCCGCCGGACAUUGUGAACGAGGACACGUCCGGCGACGUCAUGGUGCCCGAGGGUGGCACCGUCAAGCUCACGUGUCGGGCGCGCGGCUACCCGACGCCUCACGUGCAGUGGCGGCGCGAGGACAACUCCGAGAUUGUGAUUCGGGAGCCGAGCGGCGUCAAGACCAAAGUGUCCAACUUCCAAGGCGAGUUUCUGAAGCUGUCGAAGGUGACCCGGUCAGAGAUGGGCGCCUACCUGUGCAUCGCCUCAAACGGGAUUCCACCCUCGGUCAGCAAACGGAUCAUGGUUAACGUGCACUUUCACCCAGUCAUUCAAGUUCCCAAUCAACUAGUUGGUGCCCCACUAGGGACUGACGUAACUCUUGAAUGCCAAGUCGAAGCUUCGCCACGUUCGAUCAACUACUGGGUCCGAGACACAGGAGAAAUGGUGAUCUCGAGCGACAAGUACGACGUGCAGACCACCAGCAAGUCCAUGUUCGAGGUGAAAAUGGUUCUGAACAUCAGGAGUCUGGCCAAGGCGGACGUCGGCUCGUACCGCUGCAUUGCCAAAAAUUCGCUUGGCGAAGUCGAAAGCAGCAUCCGACUCUAUGAAAUCCCUGGACCGACGCGCAAACCGACGCCAGGUCGCUAUGUGCCGCCGCACUACGACGAGGAGGACUACCCUGACCAGUUGGGUUCCGCCGAGCAGGAGGCGGAGGAGGAAAUGACCAACAACGUGGCCGACCGGGUUCCAACCAAGGGUGGUCCGCACCCCACGUUAUUGCCACCGGGCCGCAAGAACAACCACGUCGUGUUCUCCGAACGUGGCGAAAUGGAAAUUUCUGAAUCCUCGGCUCGAAUGGAGGUGGCGUCGCUGCUGGGCACCGUCGCCGCCCUUCUGCUGCUCCUCAAGGUCUGACUCUUCGGGCAUAUCGUGACAAUAAAAAUCAAUUAAGUAAACACACGAAGCAAAAAUAUUCGGAUCGACGGCGUUGCUCUUUGCCUUAAUGUAGCAAUAAAUUAUGUAAAAAAAAAGAGAAAAAUAUGAACUCGGGACAAAAAAGGGAGUGAGUGAGUGUUUUCAUUGUUGCUUAAGUGUGCGCCAUGACGCCUCGUCGAUUACCCAUCUGCAUGCAUAUGUAUAUAUUAAACUGCUGUGGUCGCCGUUUGCAAAACUCUGUGACGCCUGUGUGUGUGUGAAAUUUAAAAGCCCCCUGCUGAAUGCCAAUGGAAUAAAACCGCGUGUGCGAUCAAUUUUGUGUGCUCGCUGGAGACAAUUAUAUUCACUGCUGCAGUAUAAUAGAGGAGCGUGUUGUGUUAGAUUGCUGGUUGGGUUUUUUUUUUAGCAAAAGGGAAUGAGUGCGGAGAAGAGAGAUCUCAAUAUUUAUUAAUCUGUGCGGAAACAUGUGUACAACGAAUUGUCAUUUCCAAUAAUUAUAUAUCAAAAGUUAUGAAAAAUUAUUAUCAGAAAGCAAAGUUAUCAACCUUCGCAUAUCUAAGAUUUCUUUUAUUCUGUUUAAUACACAUAAUUUGCAUAAAAUAUAGUAGAACCUGUGGUAUAUCUGUCAAAAAUAUUUUUACAUUAGAAAAUUUUUAUGUUUAAAAUAUUUUAUAUUCUAUCCUUUUUUUGUGAUUAUCUCUAAACUCUUUCAGAAAUGUAUUUUUUGUUUUGUUAAAUAAAUACAAAUUAAGUGAAUAUAGGCUGAUUUAAAAAACACCUCAAAAUAAUAUGUACGCUUUUUAAAUCUGACACAUCUGAUUACACAGGUCAAGAUUUAAAAAUUAAAGAACAUGGAUUAUUCGAAUAUUUUAAAUAGUUGAUGAAGCACUACUUCUGUGAUCUUUGGUUGUGUGCAAUUAAUCCGAAAUGUAUUUAUUUAGUGUUUUCAGUUCAAUAUAAAGACUUGUGAAUGCAUGUUAUAAACUGAAUUGUUCAAAAAGAUGUAAUCCCGCGAAUACAAACUCAGAAUAUGUGUAUAUAAAUAACCAAGGGAGGGAGACAAAGUGUAAAAAUAAAGCAGAAAACAAGCAACCUCCAAUAAAUAAAAAUGUGCGACAGAAAUAUUAUAGAGAGCUAAACCAGCAUCAAACUCUACACAAAAAGCCCAAAGCGUAUUAUAUCUCUGUUAAUUAUCGAUACACACCCAUUUAUGUAAUCUCCACUGUUGUAUGAUGUAAACAAAGAAGUAGCCCCUAUGCAGCGAAAUUUUAUGAUUAAAAAUCGCAUUGCAAUUAG